CCAGGACGUCGUCUUUUUUCCACCAUUCAAUCACAUGUCAACACCAUAUAACAGCUUCCCUCCACCACUCUACCCCUCAUCUUUAUAAACAGCCUUGGGCCAAGCCAAGAUAGCACACUUCAGCCAUGGCUCCACCUCUCCUCUCGUCUACGGUCACAGGGUGCUGCUUUCUUCUCCUCUCCUUCCUCAUCUCUUCGUUUCCCGCUCUCUCCUUUGCCCUAACCGAUGCUGAAGCUGCUCACAUAGCCCACCGCCAGCUCAUUUCUCUCCCGGAGAAUGGUGACCUCCCUGACAACUACGAGGUUCAAGUCGACGUCAAACUAAAGUUUGAAAAUGAUAGGCUCAAGAGGGCUUAUGUCGCUCUCCAGGCACAAAAGAGCGCUAUUUUUUCCGACCCUUUUAAAUUCACUGCCAACUGGGAAGGGGAGAAUGUGUGCGCCUACAAAGGGGUGUUCUGCGCUCCAGCACUCGAUGACUCGAGCUUGAAUGUGGUGGCCGGCAUAGACCUUAACCAUGCAGACAUUGCAGGACAUCUCGUUGUCGAAAUGGGGCUCCUUACUGACCUUGCACUCUUCCACAUCAACUCCAAUAGGUUCUGUGGCAUCAUCCCAGAGAGCUUCAGGAGGCUGACGCUCAUGUAUGAGUUCGACAUCAGCAACAACCGAUUCGUUGGUCGUUUUCCUGGAGUCGUCCUUCACUGGCCUAAUUGCAAGUACCUUGACCUCAGGUUCAAUGGCUUCGAAGGCGAGCUUCCUCCAGAGCUUUUCUUCAAGGAGUUUGAUGCCAUUUUCUUGAACCACAACCGAUUCACGUCGGUGAUUCCAGAGACGAUUGGAAACUCCAAGGUUUCUGUUGUGUCAUUUGCAUUUAACAACUUCAGUGGUUGCAUUCCGCACAGCGUUGGAAACAUGCACAACGUGAAUGAGCUAAUCUUCAUGAACAACCAGCUUGGUGGGUGCUUCCCUCCUGAGAUUGGAAACCUAGGAAACUUGCAGGUUUUUGAUGUGUGCUACAAUGGAUUUAUAGGUUCUUUGCCAAAAAGCUUUGUCGGGCUGCAGAGCAUUGAGGAAUUGGAUAUUGGGUACAACAGGUUGACAGGGUUUGUGACUGAUAAGAUUUGCACGUUGCCUAAGUUGGCAAAUUUCACAUUUGCUUACAACUAUUUUAGUGGCGAGGCUCAAAACUGUAUGCCAAAUCCUAAAUCGAAAAUAGUGUUGGAUGACUCAGGCAAUUGUAUGCCAGGAAGGCCCAAGCAAAAGAACACAAAGACAUGUUUCCCUGUGGUAACUAAGCCUGUGGAUUGCAGCAAGAAUUGUGGUGGUUCUUCUACACCAGAGAAACCUAAGACAUCAAAGCCUCCAACGCCAAAGGUUAGUCCACCACCGACACCAAAGGCAGAGCCGCCACCCACACCGAAGGCCGAGCCCCCACCAUCAACACCAAAGACUAAGCCGCCACCUUCCACACCAAAGGCCGAGCCACCACCCACUCCUAAUGUUGAGCUACCACCAACUCCAAAGGCAGAGCCACCAUCCAUGCCAAAGGUUGAGCCACCACCCACUCCAAAGGCAGAGCCGCCUCCCACCCCUAAGGUUGAGCCACCACCCACCCCUAAGGCUGAGCCACCACCUACACCAAAGGUUGAACCACCUAUGACGCCAAAGGCUGAGCCACCUCCUACGCCAAAGGCUGAGCCACCACCUGAGCCAAAAGCCGAGCCACCUCUUACACCUAAAGCUGAGCUACCUCCUGCACCUAAAGUUGAGCCACCUCCCGCACCUACAGCGGAGCCACCUCCAGCAGCUAAGUCGGAACCUCCUCAAACACCAAAAGUUGAGCCACCGCCAAUGCCAAAGGUUGAGCCACCCCAAACACUAGAGGCUGAGCCACCCCAAACACCUGAGAUUGUGCCACCCCAAGCACCUGAGGUUGAGCCACCUCCUGCACCAAAGGUUGGGCCACCUCCAACACCAAAGGUCGAGCAACCACCAACUCCUAAAGCUGAGCUACCUCCAACACCGGAGGUGGAGCCUCCUAAAGCACCAGAGGUUGAGCCACCAAUACUCGCACCUGCACCAAGCCCGAUUGGCCGUAGCCCUAAAGGUCCUCCAUUGUAUCCAGUUCAACCACCAGUAACGCCAGAGCCUGUACAAUCUCCUCCAUCACUAUCUCCAACACCAGAACCAUCUCCAGAGCCUGUGCAGUCACCACCGCCACCUGUCCAAUCCCCUCCACCUCCAAUUCAGUCUCCACCACCGCCUGUCCAGUCUCCAUCACCACCACCAAUUCAAUCUCCACCACCGCCUGUUGAAUCACCCCCACCACCAGUGGAAUCCCCCCCACCACCAGUUGAAUCCCCACCACCGCCAAUCGAAUCCCCACCACCGCCAGUCGAAUCCCCGCCACCACCGGUUGAAUCCCCACCGCCGCCAGUUGAAUCCCCACCGCCGCCGGUUGAAUCCCCACCACCACCAGUCGAAUCUCCCCCGCCGCCGAUCCAAUCCCCACCACCGCCGGUCCAAUCCCCACCACCGCCAGUUGAAUCCCCACCACCACCAAUCGAAUCUCCCCCGCCGCCGAUCCAAUCCCCACCACCGCCGGUCCAAUCCCCACCACCGCCAGUUGAAUCCCCACCACCACCAGUUGAAUCCCCACCACCGCCAAUCGAAUCACCUCCUCCCCCAGCUCCAACUCCAUCUCCUCCUUUGCCUCCUCCUGUGGAGUCUCCACCACCAACCCAACCAGACUUUGUGCUACCACCAAACAUUGGAGCACUAUACUCAUCGCCACCACCACCAAUGUUCCCAGGCUAUUGAGUAGUAGUUUAUCAUUUCACAUGUUUGCCUCAUUUUGUAUUUUCUUCUCUAGUUACAAAACACCUUCUACACGUUCACUUGUAACUUGAGAAUCUUACCAAAUACAGUGAGAUUUACAAUUUCAAUACCUUCCAUGCAACUUGAUUGGUUCUCUCUUUUUCUAAUGUAACUUUAUACUUAAUAUGUGUUAACUCAUCGAGGAUAUAUUGCUAAAGAAAUAAAACAGAAAAAUGAGAAAACAUGAUUGAAAGUUGUG